AUGGCAGCUCCCGCAGGUACAUACAAGGAUCGACAAUUUCUUGCUGUGAUAGGCGAUGAGGACUCCGUCACUGGUCUCCUACUAGCAGGUAUUGGUAUCCACCAGACUCACAACGAAACUUCCUCGUCGUCGACGCGAAGACAGAAACCUCCGUCAUCGAAAAGGCCUUUCACAACUUCACGGAGGUACGCAAGGAUAUCGGAGUGUUAUUGA